UCCUCUGUUCUAGGCUGCAAAUGCACAUCUACUUUUGUUUCAGGGAGGUGCUUUCCAAAGUAAUGAUAUAAGAUUAAUGGCCUGUCCUAAAACAGCCCUUCUAAAGAGAUAAAGGCAAAAAAUCCUUCUAAUGUAAUUCAAUUCCUUUUUCCCCUUUCUUUUCCUCGAAAAAGAUGGGAGGAAUUUUAAGAAAAUGCCCAGGACAAUCCCCAUCUAUGAAUCAAAAGAAAACAUGUAACAAGUGAAAUUUCACUUACGCCAAUUAUUUUCUAAGUAGCUUUAUUAUUUAACCUUUGCCACAUUUAUCCUGAGGUACCUUAACUUUUUUAAGCCAAUUAUUUUCCAGUGUCAAUAACUUUCACUGUUCACAAAGGAAGAGUUCAUCAGCUAUGAAAGCAUAGGCUUGAGCCCUGCAAAUGGAGAUGUCUUUUGCAAUUGACAGGAAUUUAUAUAAAGUUGUAUUUUAUAACUGAUGUACCAGUUCUCAUCAAGGAGACGAGAUGAUUUGCAAGAUGUUCUUUCUUGUUAGUAAAUCUUCAUGCCGCUUUGUACCUGGGCUUCACUGACGAGGCAAAGCCAUAAAAGGCCCCUUUCAGCUUGUAAUUGGGCUAGGCCUGUUUCUUGAUCCAUUUGAUGGUCAUCGUCCCGAUUGCGCUAGCUCACAUCCAUGGUCGCAAAGCUUGAGUUUGAGCGCCAGCCUGCGGAAAUCAUCAGUGGGAAAGGAGUGAUUGGUUAUAGAGAAGACGCGGAAGAUUUGAGAAAAAAGCCAAGAAACAGAGUAAUGGCAGGGAGAUUGAGCAACGUGGCAUCACGGAUCAUGGGAGGAAACGGCGUCGUAGGUCGCUCCGUCGCUGCCUCCCUUCGUCUUCGCUCCGGCAUGGGCCUCCCCGUCGGCAAACACAUCGUUCCUGAGAAACCUCUUCCAGUAAAUGAUGAACUGGUUUGGGACAAUGGAACUCCGUUUCCUGAGCCUUGUAUUGAUCGCAUUGCUGAUACCGUUGGAAAGUAUGAGGCGUUGGCUUGGAUGUGUGGAGGUUUGGGCUUUUUCGCGACACUGGGACUAUUAGCUGCGUGGAAUGACAAAGCUUCUAAGAUACCAUAUGACUCUGUAAUCUCAAUGUAUUUUCUCGAAUCUCUGGAGGAUUUGAAAGGUAACAGCCUCAAGGGCGCUACAGCAAAUUCUGUAUGAUCAUGCAAGAGCAUCGAAGUCGGAAGCUUUAAAGUUCAACCUCAAUCAAGCGCUAGCUUAAUCUCAUGUUUUCCCUUCAUCCUUUCCACCAUUGUCACCAGUAGCAUUGAUUCAAGAGGAGGGCUGAAGCCUCAAUCCCUACACUUCCUUUCUCCUCUUCUUCAGCCUCUUUUAUUCCUUGGGCCAUUUUACUUGUGGAUCCAUGGUAAGAGGUCCCAUGCCUGGUCUAAUUGCAUCAUGAAGUCUUGAUGAUC